CGCCCAACAUUUUAGCCUCAUGGCGCUGUCGCGGGAUUUGCGCUCCUGUUUAUGUGUUCGCUGAAUGCGCCGAACACCUGACUGAAGAUAAACUCGGCACCGAGCAGGCUGUGUGGCUCAGGGAGCAGAGGGCGUGACAUAUCCCAUAUCCAGCCUGUCGGCGUACGAGUCUGCCCGAGCGAUGCGUUUGUUACGGUCGAGUGUAGUCUUGCGUAGCUCGAGCAUUGGUGCGGAAAACGAGAGUGGACGCGCUAUCAUCGACACGGUUUCACCGUGACAGUCCGGCUGUGACAGACGAGCAGAAAAAGCUUGUGGAAGUGUUCUCAUGGGGUCGGCUCACUGGCCACACUGUGAUGUUGUCCACAAAAGUUGGCAAAGCAGAAUGUGCCUGUUAAGCUGAAGAAAGUUGCAAGGUCUUUCAUUAUCCUUCAAAACACAUCAUUUCAUCGUUUGUUGCCACAAGAAGCAUCAAGAUGGUCAGAGCAGUUGUUUGCCAAGUGCUGUUUAGAGUUGCACUUCCUAUUGUUUUGUUGCUAGCGGUGCUGUUUCGCUACAAUGCGUUCUCCUUUGUGUAUUUACUUCUUCUCUUGGCCAAUCCAUUAAUUCCUGGACCUAAUUCCAGAAAUGCAAAUAUAGUACGAACAAACUGCUACCUCAAGACAGUUGUAGGAGCAAGCACUUUGUUUUGUGUGGCUCAAGUGGUCUACCAAAUAGUUCUGCUAUCAACACAAAGCUACAGCAAAGAGCACAGUGUUGCUGACAGCUGUAGCCUACAAGAACGCCUUCUAGCAUUGGUUGGGCUUCAUCGAGCAGAUGGAAUCAAGGCACCAGAGGCACUUAGUCUUCUUGGCCUCGACUUUGUUGUGCUAUUUGCAGCUGUCUUUACCUUGGUGAUUUGUGAAAAGCUUGCCACCCCUGAUGGCACUCCACGCAGUGGUGCUGUGCACAGACGACGGCACACAUUCCUCAUGCUACUGGGUGAAUUUUUAGUGCUACUUCUAAUGGCAGCUGCAGGAAUUCUACACGCAUCUCUAUGUUCGCUGGCCUACUUUGUGGCAUUCCUCUGGUCUGCCACAUGGUUGGGCAUGCAUCGUCCACUAGGGACGGGUUAUCAAGUCAUGCGGACACUGUUGCUGAUCUAUAGUGCCAUGCACUUUGUGGCCCUCUACACAUACCAGCUGGACUAUAUCCAGGAGCUGGUGCCCUCUGCCAGCCUGCAAGCCAGGCUUUUAGGGCUGACUUCACUGCGCAUUCCUGCUUGCAAUUCAACUGCACCAACAGAGGCAGACGUAAGGGUGCUGCAGUUUAGGUCAUUGCAUUGGACACUGUACGUGAGCCCUUUGGUGGUGCUGAGUUUUUAUUUUACUGUGGCCACUGUGACUCGACUGCAACUUCUGCAGCAGUUGACUCGAGAGUCUCCCAUCUUGGUGACGACAAGUGGUGUUGGAGGUAAUGCUCCUCGCCAAGACUCCAAACGCAGUUCACAGCGAUCAGCAAACUCCUCCUCUCGAAGGAACAGAAAAGAGAGCGGGGCCGGUGUAGAUGAAGAUGCCAUCCAGAAGGCCCCACUACUAGACAAUGACCACGUGGGUCGGUCAUACCAGAGCAUUGCUGUCAAAGAGAGUGUGGGACCGAGUGCCAGCGGUGUCUGGACCUCUAUGGAAGGCACAGUGGUGUCUGGGGGAGCGGCACCUUCGGCUGGAGGGGCCAGUGUAACCGCUGGCUGUGGAGCCGAGGAUGACACAGUAGCAGGCAGCAUGCCUGACCGGGGCCCCGGUAGCCGCCAGCUUGUGCUCCUCAUGGUACUGCAGGGUUGCAGACUCCUGACACGUGGCAGCUACGUGGUCACCCUCAUAAUGAUGAUGGCCUGGAGCAUCACUUACCACUCAUGGCUCACAUUUGUGCUGUUGCUGUGGUCUUGUGUGCUCUGGAUGAUGCCCUGCUCCCGAUUGGCCUGCUUGCGAUCGUCACCUGCAUUGGUGGCCUAUGCGGAGCUCUUGCUGCUGCUUCAGUACCUGUACAGUCUGGACUUGACUGAUCAGGAGCUGCCACAGCAGGUGAAUGCAGUCAACCUGGCCCAAGUGGGCCUGUUCAAGUAUGGCUACAACUCGUACCAGCCUCUAGCUGUCAAGAUGCUGUACACAAUCAUGUUCUGGAUCACAUUACGACAGUAUGUGGAGCACCAACGCACACCUCCUACACUUGGUGUGGAGUUUCGGCGGCAGAUGAGCAUGGGUGCAUCAAGUCUUGGCGUGGGCACUCAGCUGUAUGUGCGUCGGUUGGGUAACUUAGUGCAGCAGUGGCUGACUCGCUAUUGGAUCUGGGUGGUGGCUACUAUGUUGAUGGUAAUCUCCCUGGGUGGCACUGAGGUGGUACUCUAUCGCAUCGCCUACAUGUUGCUUUUCUUGUUCUUCAUCCUCGUCUUCCAGGUCUCAUACCAGCUAUGGAUAAAAGUCAUGUAUGGCUUCUGGUUGACAGUGAUCAUCUAUUCAAUGCUGGUGUUGAUUCUUAUAUACACAUACCAGUUCGAGAAGUUUCCAUACUAUUGGGAAGCUUAUUUGCACAUACCUAAAGAAAUCCAAAAAGAUAUCGGUCUCGAGGUGUACCAAUCUGAUCCUGGCACUCUCUUCCUCAAGUUACUGACACCGACUUUCUUUCUUAUAAUUACCAUCAUCCAGCUGCACUACUUUCACCAGGAGUUCAUUAAGCUCAAUGAAGAUAACUACCGCAACCAACCAAGUAGCAAUGAAGAAGAGGCAGCCGCCACCAACGGAGGGCCUCAUCCACAAGAUGCAACUCCACCUCAAAAUAUGGAUGUGACCAUUCCAGUUGAGACUGCACCUCCAGAGGUAGCACCUAGCCCACCACGUCGCCACUCAGAUGCAGAGACUUCUGAUGAGGUAGCCACACCUGCCACUGUUGUGUCACGCACCUCUAAAGCAAGCCAGUUGCAACCACCAGAAGUUGCUGCCUCUCCCAAAAGCCGGGACUCUGCGUGGAUGUCUCUUGAACGUAUCGGCAGUGUGCUGUCCAAAGUUGUGGAAGUGUGCUGGCGUUUACUUGAGAUUCACAUGAUGAAGGCUGUGCUGCUCGCAGUCUUCAUUCUGGCAAUAUUCGAUGUGUGUGCAGUGCACAUUAUAUUUGUGGCACUUGUUGUAGUGGCCUUACCAUUCCGCUGGAUGCAGCUUUUCCUCACACACUGCUGCUCCAUGUGGGCCUCCAUGCUGCUGCUUGCCAAAAUGAUUUACCAGCUGAACUUUGUCGAUCGAUAUGGCUGGGCCACAAACUGCUCAAGUGUCACUGGAUUUGAUGGAAAUGCAACUGAAUUUCCUGCUCCAUUCAAUGCUACCAUUGACAACAGAAUAUGGAUUGGGUUUCAAAAGACAACCAAUCUUACCUCUUAUUGUAAGGGCUACAUUAUGCUGAUAGUAGUAUUUUCAGCACACGCAAUGGUGCGUUACAGACAGCGCUUCUACCGGGCACGGCAUCAGCUUCCAGAGCCACGCCCUGGUGUAGUCUUUAUCCAAGCCAAUCGCUCCACUGCUGAUGAUGGUAUCAAACAGUGCCUUAUGUACCUGCUCAAUUACUUCUUCUACAAAUUUGGUGUGGAGGUAUGCUUUGUAACAAUGGUCACCUGCAUUGGAGUGCGGCUUGACGUUUUUGCGCUGAUGACAUCACUGUGGCUUUGUGCCAUGUUCCUGCUCCGCCGACGUAAUCUUGCCAGGGUCUGGCCGUUCUAUGUGGCAUACCUCUGCUUUGUACUGCCGCUUCAGUACUUGGUGGUGGUUGGGCUGCCCCCAGGUCUCUGCAUUGAAUAUCCAUGGUGGGAUCCAUCAAAAAAGGUUAUAAGAGAAACAGCACUGUGGCUAUUUUUACCAGACUACCAAGACCCACCUCUAGCACGAAAAAUUCUUGUGGAUUUUGUUCAACUUCUAUUUGCCUGCUGUCAACUCCAUGUAUUCUUCCUUGAAAGUUCGCACUCAAGCAUUGCGUAUGAAGGUGGCUCCAACAAGGAAAUUUAUGACAAAACUGGCCGUUACAUUGGCCAAACACCUAACCCUAUACCCGACUUCGUCACCUACACAAAGUCCUAUCUCUCAAUGGUGAAAGUAUUCCUCUUCUUUUCCUUCUACUGGAUCACACUGGCAGUGAUGUUUCUUGCUGGCACUAAUCGUGUCAGCCUCUUUGCAAUGGGUUAUGUGCUUGGCUGUUUCUUUUUCCUGUGGAAUGGCAACGAAUUUUACCUCAAGCCCAUGAAUGUUCUUCUGAAAAUGUGGAACACAUUGCUGGCCUACAAUGUUGUUGUCAUCUUCAUUAAAUGUAUUCUACAGGUAGUUGGCUGUGUCUUCUUGGACUACCUGUCGAUGUAUUCCUGCUGGAUGGUCCAGCUUUUUGGGAUCGCGUGUCUCAAACGUGUGCAGAGUGAACCUGUACCUGGAAGCAGCACUGGAUUACCCAAUGCAGCGGUUGGGAGCUGCCGGGUGCCUCUUGAUGAAGCUGGCCUACUUUGGGAUGGCAUCUGUCUGGCCUUCUUGCUGAUGCAGAAGCGUCUGUUCAACUCCUAUUACUUCCACCAUCUCAUCAUUGAGAUUUUGGCCCAACAGCAGCUGGCCUCGCGGGGAGCUGAAAUGAUACACGAAAUCCAGAUGAAGGAUGUGCAAGAACAAAGAGCAGCAGAGAGAGACAUAAUGGAAAAAAUAAAACGGAAGAUGGACAAAAUUCGGGCAAAUCAACACAAAGUUAGAGCUGGAGAAUAUGUUGAACCAGAAACACACUUUCAAGCCAUACGCUCUGGUGACUACUAUCUUUUUGAUGACUUUGCUGGAAUGGAUAUUGAUCUUGACCUUGAUGUCAAAAGCCGAAAAACUACCGAAGAGGAAGAUGCAGACGUCAAAGUCAGAGGCAUCAAUGCUCUGCUGAGCAAUGCAAUGAAAAGCGGCACCAUAAAGUGUGCUUCAGAAGAUGCUCGCUUGGUAUCGGAGGAGGCAGAUGAUGUUAAUGAAUCGAGCCGUCUAUCGCCAAUUGUGAGCAUGGACCGAUCACCACUCAGUCGCACAGUUUCAGGAACAUCACAGCCGUCAAAAUCAUCUAGCAGACCUCUGCCAAGUGCAAGCGACUUGCCUUCCACAAGUGCUGAUGAGGCAAUCCUCCCAGAGGAUCCUGGUCAUGAGGGUGAGGCUGCUGCACUCCCCGCUGCACCCACCUCUGCUGCUUCUAGUGCUGCUCCUGCUGCUGCUGCUGCUGCUCCCAUCAUUGCACCUUCUAGUGCUUCCAAGUCUGCACAAUCUGAAGAACCCGUACAGGUGCCAACAAGUGAAGCUCUACCAGAAGGUGCUGCUCAACAACCUCCAGUAGAGGACACAUAUGCUGAGAGGAUACGCAGCCUUCUGGCAUUUGGCUGGGCUCUUCUGGACAGCAUGCUGAUCAGUGCCACUGCCAAGCUCAAUUCAGUCUCUCGUGACUACCGUUACGUGGCACGCAAGCUUGCUGAUGAAAAGCGCAUAGUAAAGGCUCAGUUCAUCCAUGGCCUUGCCACCACCCUUGGCGAGCACACUAUGAAGAGCAGGAAGUUCCACUUCCAUGAACACUCUACAGAAGGUCAUCAUGCUAAGACUGUGUCUGACAAGAAAGGCAGUGAAGAAAUGCUGCUCAGCGGGAGUCUGGAAAUGAUGGAUGGCCUUGACAAGCAAGAUGGUCAUAAGCACCACCCUUCAUUAAUACGUUUUAUGAUUGCAUGCUACUAUGCCAUUGUGUCACGCUCGGAAGUUGUUUGCUACCUGGUCAUUGUCCUCAACCAAAUGAAGUCAGCCAGCCUACUGUCAUUGCCAUUGCCUUUAAUGGCAUUCCUGUGGGGCUCCUUGUCUGUGCCACGUCCAACAAAGACUUUCUGGAUCACGAUCAUUACUUACACUGAAGCUAUUGUGGUUGUCAAGUACCUAUUCCAAUUUGACUUCUUUGACUGGAACGACUCCGUACCUGUAAACAGACCGUUUGACCCUCCGCGCAUCUUGGGCAUUGAAAAGCGCAAGGAGGACAACGACUAUGCACUCUAUGACCUGCUUCUGCUUUUGCUGGUCUUCUUUCACCGCUUCAUGCUAAAGAGCCUUGGCCUUUGGAAAGACACUGAUCGAAGUGUGAGUGUAUCUGCAAUUCAGCAGCAAGAAUUAGUGCCAAAUGACGAACACUACUUCACAGCAGCUAUACGGGCAUCUGAGCACACCACGGCUGCACCUGGUUUACUCACCAGUGUACCACCAGAGCAGCAGCCCGGUACCAGUGGGACUCUAGAAAUAUCAGCUUUACCAGUGGAUACUGCUUCAUCAGCGUCAAGAUGCUAUGAUGAUGUUAUACCUGGGCAGAGUGGCUUGGAAGAGAGUUUUGUUCAUCUGAGCAAGCUAUUUGAUGGAAUUUCUCGUUAUGUGGAACCAUUCCGCAACUUCUUUGAAAACCUGCUGCACCCUGUGUACAGAGUUACAACAGAUGUGUAUGCUUACAUGUUCUUCUGCGAUUUUAUCAACUUCUUCAUUAUGGUCUUCGGCUACUGGGCAUUCGGUACUGGAGGGUCCGAAGAUGGUGUCGCAUCAUAUUUUCAGAAAAAUGAGGUGCCCGUGCCUUUCUUGAUCAUGCUACUGGCACAGUUUGCUCUUAUUGUGAUCGACCGGGCGCUUUAUUUGCGCAAGUACAUCCUGGGCAAGCUGAUAUUCCAGGUGUUCAUAGUAUUUGUUAUCCAUAUCUGGAUGUUCUUCGUACUGCCAGGCAUUUCUCAGCGAUCCUUUGUGGAAGAAAAGAAUUUGCCACCAAAACUGUGGUAUUUCAUCAAGUGCAUUUAUCUGAUCCUCUCUGCAUAUCAAAUACGGUCUGGCUAUCCCACUCGGAUCCUUGGAAACUUCUUCUGCAAAAAGUACAACUACAUUAAUUACUUCCUUUUUAAAGGCUACAUGCUGAUUCCCUUCUUAUACGAGCUGCGUUCCCUCAUGGACUGGAUUUGGACAGACACAAGCAUGAAUCUUACCAACUGGCUUAAGAUGGAAGACAUAUUUGCCAAUGUGUUCCAGCUCAAGUGUCAGCGACGAGCUGAGGAAGAGUACCCAACUCCUCGGGGCUCACGACGUUCAUCACUCACCAAGUAUGGCUUGGGUGGAGUCAUGCUGUUUGCCAUCAUUUUGGUCAUCUGGUUCCCACUGCUGCUUUUCUCGUUGGGUAAUACUGUUGGCCAGACUCUUCUCCCACACGACUGCACUGUGGAGCUUAGCCUCGGUGGCUAUGAGCCCAUCUUCAAAAUCAGUGCACAGCAGGGGAACCUACGACAACUGCCCUAUGAUAGCUGGGUUCGUCUGCAGGCAGAAUACAAGUCCAGUGCAGCAGCCCAAGCAUUCUUGGCCAAUUACGAUGCAGCUGAUGUUGCUGUGGUGACGUUGAACGGCAACUCAACUGCCAUCUGGACAGUGAGCCCUCCGAGCCAGGAGGCCCUUAUCGCAGAGUUGAACCGCUCCGCUGUGCCUCUUCGCCUCAGCUGGGCCUUCUCUCGAUCAGUGGACAACACUAAUGCAGAAAAAGUCGUCGGCAAUGAGCGAACAGUGCAAAUUUCUGACAAGGCAGUGCGUAAGAGUUUGGCGGAGAUGCUUCAUGGAACACCCAACAAUGUUACGGUACCUCCUAUUUUACCCCGCUUCCUCCUGGUACCGCGCAAGGGCAAAUCGGACGUAAUUCGAGCUCUAGACACGCCUGGUAUGGAACCAUACCGCAACUUGACCCUUCGACUGCGAACUGGAGCCUUUAAUAACUUGAGUGCUCGCAGUGAAUGGUGGGAAGUGCAAGAGCAUUGUACAGAUUCAUAUCCGUAUCCAUUCCUGCGUGAUGAUCAAGGCUCAUGCACCGACUUAAGCCUAGUUGUCUUCAAUGACAAAGUCUUCCCUCAAGCCCUUUCACAGCUGACAGGAUAUGGAAUUGCGGGGCUAUACACCACCUUCGUGCUUGUCGUUUCUCGUCUGAUCCGAGGUUUCAUGGCUGGCAGCUCAUUCACCAUCAUGUUUGAUGACAUGCCUAAUGUGGAUCGUGUGCUGCAGCUUUGCCUUGACAUCUACCUUGUGCGGGAAAGCCGUGAAUUAAGCCUUGAAGAAGACCUGUUUGCCAAACUGAUAUUCUUGUAUCGUUCCCCAGAGACUUUAAUCAAAUGGACACGUGCGGCAGACCAGCCACCACUGGCCUGAUUCCAUCACUUUGGACAGAUUCUGUUGCCGUUUUACUGAUUAUGUUGUGGCAUUUUGAUACUUCCAUCAUUUUCUAUCUUCACUGCAUUGGAGACUGUGAGGCUGUGGCAGCAAACUUAUUGCACCAUGUUGCUUAUGCCUACCCAUCCAUCUACUUUUGAAAAUGUGCCUGCCUAGAUUAUGAUCAUUGCAAUACUUACUAAGUCAUUGUUGGAACGAGAAGAAAUCUUAGACUAUGCAAAAUAUUAUAUAGUAUAGUAACAAGCAGCAUUUCUCUUUUGUAAAAGAUACAAGCCUUGUUAUUUUUGGUAAGUGCCAUAGUUUAGGGCACCUGUCUUGGUCUUUCAGAUUGUGGUGAUGUGCAGUGCUUUGUAUCAUUUGUAAUAUAUUUUUUUACUGUGAUGCGAUGCAUAGAAACAUCCAAAGAUUUAUUAUGCUCGAAUGACUACUCUUGUAUAUGCAUGCCUGAUGUGAGAUAAUGUUUACUUGAAGUAGAUAGGCCAACAGAACUGGCAUAUGGAAGAUUUGUUCCUGCUGAUGUGUCUACCCGAGUGUGAGGACCAUAAUAUUUUAAUAUUGAGUAAUGAAGCUUUGGUGUAAAUUUUUUCAGAAUAUUACGUGUUAUAAUUGUUUUAUUGUCAUAGCGUACUGUGUAAAUGUAAAUUGGGAAGUUUUUUUUGUUUGAAGUUAAGUUCGUUGACAUGUGAUAAAGCAAAAAGAUGCUUGUGAGUCACUUUUAGCAUUCUGUAAUUGAUAUCUUGUCUGAUUACGCCUACUUGUAAAUUUGCAAAGUAGUGGUAUUUAAGUCAAUAGCUGUAAAGCUGUAACCUUUUUUGAUUUUAAAAAAUAAAGUUGCACUAUGCAUGUUGGCACU